AUGUCGACCCCGGCUGCUGGUGAAUUGAAGAAGAUCAGGAUCACAGUCGUCGCUGCCGAUGGCUUGUCCAAACGCGAUGUCUUUAGACUACCAGAUCCUUUCGCUGUCAUCACCGUGGACGCGGAGCAGACGCACACAACGAGCGUCAUCAAGAAAACACUUAAUCCCUAUUGGAACGAGAGCUUCGAUAUCAUGGUCAAGGAGUCGUCUGUCGUUGCCGUUCAGAUUUUUGACCAGCGCAAGUUUAAGCGCCGGGACCAGGGGUUUUUGGGCGUCGUAAAUGUUAAAGUCAGUGACGUGCUCGAUCUAGAAUUGGGCGGCCAUGAGAUGCUUCAAGUGGACCUCAAAAAGUCCAACGACAAUCUCGUCGUACACGGCAAACUUAUUGUAUAUCUCUCCACCAACCUCAGCCAGCCUGCCACCAACUCUCGCCCUGCCGCUGGCACAUCUGGCCUCACCAACGCCCUUGGAGCUAUGAACAUGAACGAGUCUCAGCUCUCUGUCAACAACCCCGCUGCGGGCAGUAGCUCCGCCGCGCUUUCUCGCACCCCUAGUUCUCACGCCAAUCCCCAGGACCAGCACGUCACAAUGCCUACUCCCUCUGUAUCUGCUGAGCCCGAGCAGCCAUCACCUAAUGCUGGUGCCCGCCCCAUUAGCUCUUCUGGCACUGCUCCUCCUCCAUCUAACGCCCCCACCGCUGCACGUACUACUGCCCCCGGAGUCGUCUCACCAGGACAAACCGCAGUCGCAAACAGUCAGGCGCAGAACAACUUCAACCCCAAUGAGGAUCAGUUUGGCCAGCUUCCGCCAGGCUGGGAACGCCGCAUUGACCCUCUUGGCCGAACCUACUAUGUCGACCACAACACUCGUAGCACGACUUGGAACAGGCCUUCGGCUUCCGCGACUACAAACACCCAUGUACAAGAGGGCGAGACCAACGCCGCUAGAGAUCAGCACAACCGUCGUAUCCUUGCUGAUGAUCUCCUCGAGGCAAACAACUCCAAUAACAUGGCCCGAACCGGUUCGGCAGUUGCACAACCUGCAAACACUGCUGCAGCUGCCGUCGCCGCGAGCACGAACGCGACGACGCCAGGGAGUGGAAACUUGCCUGCUGGCUGGGAGGAGCGCUACACACCAGAAGGUCGGCCGUAUUACGUCGACCAUAACACCCGCACAACGACAUGGGUCGACCCCCGUCGGCAGACUAUCAUCCGCGUCAUGGGUCCGAACGGCCAGAACACCGCACUCCAGCCACAAACGAUCUCGCAGCUCGGACCACUUCCUUCUGGUUGGGAGAUGCGUCUUACGUCGACGGCCAGGGUAUACUUCGUGGACCACAACACCAAGACAACGACUUGGGACGACCCGAGGUUGCCUUCGAGUUUGGACGCGAAUGUGCCGCAGUACAAGCGCGACUUCAGGAGAAAGCUUAUCUAUUUCAGGAGUCAGCCGGCAAUGCGCGCACAGCCUGGGAACUGCCAGAUCAAAGUCAGGAGGAAUCAUAUCUUCGAGGACAGUUAUGCAGAGAUUAUGAGGCAGACGCCAAACGACUUGAAGAAGAGGUUGAUGAUCAAGUUCGACGGAGAGGAUGGUUUGGAUUAUGGUGGUCUCUCCAGAGAAUUCUUCUUCCUGCUCUCGCACGAGAUGUUCAACCCCUUCUAUUGCUUAUUCGAGUACUCGGCGCACGAUAACUACACUCUGCAGAUCAACCCUGCAUCAGGCGUCAACCCGGAACAUUUGAACUACUUCAAGUUCAUUGGUCGCUGUCUCGGUCUCGGUAUCUUCCACCGUCGCUUCCUCGACGCGUACUUCAUCGUCAGUUUCUACAAGAUGAUCCUGAAGAAGAAGGUCACACUCGCAGAUCUCGAGUCCGUCGAUGCUGAACUUCACCGUGGCUUGACAUGGAUGUUGGAGAACGACAUCACAGAUAUCAUCGACGAGACGUUCACCACCACGGAGGAACGUUUCGGCGAAUUGGUCACCAUCGACCUCAAGCCGGGCGGUGCCGACGAGCCUGUGACGCAGGAUAACAAGAAGGAGUACGUCGACCAUGUCGUCGAGUACCGUAUCUCGAAGCGCGUCAAGGAGCAGUUCGAUGCGUUCAUGUCCGGUUUCAGCGAGUUGAUCCCUCAGGACCUGAUCAACGUGUUCGAUGAACGCGAACUUGAACUGCUCAUUGGCGGCAUGUCCGAGAUUGAUGUUGAUGACUGGACGAAGUUCACUGACUACCGUGGCUACGAGGUCAACGACGAGGUUAUUCAGUGGUUCUGGAAGUGUGUUCGUUCGUGGCCUCCCGAGCGCAAGUCGCGCCUGCUCCAGUUCGCCACAGGUACCUCGCGGAUACCCGUCAAUGGUUUCAAGGACCUCCAGGGCUCGGACGGUCCAAGACGGUUCACGAUCGAGAAGGCAGGAGAUCCGAGUCAGCUGCCGAAGAGUCACACAUGCUUCAACAGGAUUGACUUGCCGCCGUAUAAAGACUAUGCGAGCUUGGAGCAGAAGCUGACGCUGGCUGUUGAUUGUUUGGUCGUGGUUUGCUGA